AUGAUCAAGACUGAGACGCAAGGUCGUGUCGCGAUCAUCACGCUGAACCGGCCAAAGGCCCUGAACGCCCUGUGCAGCGAGCUGUUUCACGAGAUCAACGACGCGCUGGCCCGCUUCGAUAACGACUCCGGCAUCGGCGCCAUUGUCCUGACGGGCAGCGAGCGUGCAUUUGCUGCGGGCGCCGACAUCAAGGAAAUGAAGGAUACCGAGUUCAUUGACAACUACAAGUCCAACUUCCUCGGCCACUGGGUCGAGCAGAUCAACAAGCUGCGCAAGCCCCUGCUGGCCGCAGUCAACGGAUAUGCGCUUGGUGGCGGCUGCGAGCUAGCCAUGAUGUGCGACAUCAUUUACGCCGGCGAGAAGGCUGUGUUUGGCCAGCCCGAGAUUAACCUUGGCACCAUUCCGGGUGCUGGCGGCACCCAGCGCCUGACUCGCGCUGUGGGCAAGUCAAAGGCCAUGGAGAUGAUCCUGGCGGGCUCAGUCAACUUGGAUGCCCAGGAGGCAAAGACUCUGGGACUGGUUAGCGCCGUGUUCCCGCCUGAGACCCUGCUGCAGGAGACUAUUAAGACUGCAACCAAGAUUGCGUCCAAGGGCGCUGUCUCGGUGCAGAUGGCCAAGGAGGCUGUCAACCAGGCGUACGAGCUUAACCUUUCGUCGGGUCUGCACUUUGAGCGUCGUCUGUUCCAGGCCACAUUCGCCACUAAGGACCAGAAGGAGGGCAUGGGUGCGUUUGCCGAGAAGCGCAAGCCUAACUUCACCCACGAGUAA